GGCUUUUGAAAGCUGAGGAGAGUGGACAGGUAGAGGAAAGUCAACAGCCAGUCCAGAUGUGAGUGAAUCAGGGUUUCAUGUGAAGAGUACAAACCAAAGGCAGAAGAACAUAUGUACUACUUAGAGCUCCACCAUUUCUCACUGACAAGAUCUGUGUCACUCUUUGAAACUUUUGAAGAUGCACUCACUGGGACAAAUAUUAGCCUGGACUCUGCUUCCAGUUCUUCUCCCUGGACUAACCUCCUCAGCUCUGGGCUCUCUCGUCAAAACCAACAAGGGACUAAAGGUCAAACGGGGUCAGUCAGCCUACCUGCAGGACGGAGACCUGCAGUUCCACAUCCCCCGUCACAGAGAUACAUGCAAGGUGGAGGUGGUGCUAAAUGAGCCCAUAACUCAACGCGUGGGAAAGCUGCAGCCUCAGGUGUUUGAUUGUCACUAUCUCGCUGAUGAGGUGAAGUAUGUUCACAACGGCUGUCCACUAUUGCAAGAGGACACUGUUAAUUUGCGACUAUACAGGUUCACAGACAAGCACACGUACACUGAGAUCUUCACUCUCCACGUGGACAUCAUAGAACCUGAUUGCAGCAUUAUCCGACUGGGCCCCAAGUCUCUGGAGGUCCCAGAAUUCUACAGCCUUUCUAACACUAUAGAUGGGAAUGUGGUGUCCUUCCAUUAUGAGAGGAAAUCCAGUCUGGAGUGCACUGUCCACCUGAGUAACCAUGACAACCAACUGCCCACUCAUGGACAACUGGUCACCGGUGAACCACAAGAGGCUACCAAGAGAGGGGACGAGCCAGAGAGCUUCAUUCACCUCCGCCAGCAACUAGAUAACAAAGAGCGGGCUAUUUGUAAAUCUGAAGACUGCCUGAGGGGUCUGAAGCUGGUAAAAUUCUCAAAAGUUCCUUGUGAUGACUUCCUGGUUAUGGGCCUAAAGUACCAGCACAUUGAUCCACCAUCCCCCGACAUAGACUACAUCCAAAUCAGACUGGACCUCAAGGACACACGAAGUGGCAGCAUAUACAAAGUAUGUUACUAUGACUUUUGUAAUUUGAUGGUCUUUACGAUGGAGCACGCCUGGAUUCCAGUGCGGAUUCUUGGAGCGAUGCCAAACCAACCUCCCAAAGCCGCCUUUAUGUCCAUGUUCAUCUUGGAGGUGGACCAGUUCAUCCUGACCCCCCUCUCUACGGGCACCCUGGACGCAGAGGACGAAGAGACCCCCAAACAGCUCCUUGUUUUCAACAUCACCUCCCCUCCCUCUGAAGGCUUCAUCACCCACCUGUCCGACCACACCCAGCCCAUCUCUUCCUUCACCUGGCUGGAUCUCAAUGACAUGCUAAUCGGCUAUCAACCUCCAAACUCCUCCCACAGCCAGCGUAGGAAUUACGAGGUGGAAUUUGAAGUUCAUGAUUUUUACUUUGAGAGGAGCUCAUCCAUUACAGUCCACAUGUCUGUUAGGAAUGCAGACACCAACGCACCUAGAGUAUCCUGGAACAUGGGCCUAAGUUUGCUGGAGGGUCAGUCUCGUCCAAUAACGUGGGAGCAGCUACAGAUUGUGGAUAACAACAACCUGAAUGCUGUCCGUAUUAUUACUGUGGAUGGCCUGCUGCACGGACAUCUAACUGUCAGAGGUGGAAAGGGCUUCAUGUUUACAGUGCAAGAUAUAAAAGACAGCGUGGUUUGCUAUCACCAUGACGACAGCGACUCCACCAAAGACUUCAUCAUUUUCCGGAUCACGGACGGCCUACACCAGACCCGCCACAAGUUCCCAAUCAAGAUCCUGCCCAAAGACGACAGCCCCCCCUUCCUCAUCACCAACAUGCUCUUGGAGGUGUCAGAAGGACAGACAGCUCUGCUCCCAGGCUCCACCCUCCAGGCCUCAGAUAUGGACUCCAGCCAUGACUACAUCCUCUUCAACAUCACCAGACCCCCACACGCAGGGGAGCUCAUGAAGAUACCAGGACCCGGGGUCACAGGAUAUCCUGUCAGCCAUUUUCUGCAGAAGGACCUGUCCCAGUCCCUGGUUUACUACAGACACCGGGGACACGAAGUGUUUGAUGACUCAUUUGAGGUGGUGCUGUCUGAUUUUCAUGACCCCCCAAACCUGUCAGAGCCUCAAGUUGUGAUGGUCCACGUUGAGCGUGUGCCCAACCAGCCCCCUAAAGAGGUUCCUGGCACCAGCCGCUGUCUGGUCGUCAAGGAGACAGACGUCGUCCAUAUCACGCGACAACAGCUCCAUUUUAUCGACCAGGACUCCUCUGACAGUGAGCUGACAUUUACUGUCACCACCCCUCCCUUCUACACUGGCCCACACAAUAGUGUGGAUGCUGGACGCUUGUUUCUAGUGGACAGCAUUCCCAAGUUUACCAAAGAUGCCAAUGCACCAGUGCUCAGGCUUUUCACACAGCAUGCGGUCAACUUCAUGAAAGUGGCCUACAUGCCUCCAAUUGUGGACAUUGGUCCAUACCCUCAAUAUAUCCAGUUCAUUCUGUCUGUAACCAACCAUUUGGGAAAAACAGUGACUGGAAUCUGCUUUAAUGUCACAAUUUUACCACUGGACAACCAGCCGCCACAGGUUGUCACAGCGACCCUGUCUGUGGAUGAGGGAGGGGAGAGCUGGCUGGGCCCUGAACAUGUGAUGCUGUCAGACAUUGACUCAAAGAUAGAGGCUUUAACACUGAAGCUCCAGAAGGAUCCACAGCAUGGGUUUUUGCAGCUCUCUGGCACCCCCCUCAAACCAGGCCAAAGCUUCUCUUUGCAGGACCUGAAAAACAUCAAAAUCAGGUACAUUCAUGAUGGCUCAGAAACUUUAGAGGACAGCAUUGAACUGAUUGCCACAGAUGGCACAAAUCCAGUCAGUUUUGUUCUGCCUGUUAAGGUGACCCCUAUUAAUGACGAGGUCCCAGUGCUGGCUGCAGGUUUGAAGCCUCUGCUGAGCUGUGCAGAGGGAGAGGAGGCUGUGAUCACUGCAGAGUACAUCUAUGCCACAGACAUAGACAGUGACAACAGCAGCCUGGCCUUUCUCAUUGCACGGCAACCCUAUCACGGGGUAGUGCUGCGGAGUGGGGUGGUGGUGGACCGGUUCACUCAGGCAGAUAUCACUGCUGGCAUUAUUACAUACAAGCAUACCGGACUUGAAAUUGGACUUACACCUCGCCAAGACACCAUCACCUUUGUGAUUUCUGAUGGAGAAACAGAGAGCUCUAUGUGCUGUGGUGGGAGGAGCAGGUCAAGUGGUUCUUCUCUGAUCCGGGACAGUCUGCCUGUGUAUGACCUGCACAUCACUGUGUUCCCUGUGGACAACCAGCCUCCUGCGCUGACUACAGGGGGCAUCUUUGUGGUGGAUGAAGGUGGGACAGCAUCCAUUUCUGCCUCUCAUUUGAAAGCAUCUGAUGAGGACACGCCUCUGGAUGAGCUAGUCGUCAGCCUCGUUUCCUCUCCUCAGUUUGGAUACAUAGAAAAUGUCCUUCCCAGCCCUGGCUUUGAGAAGAGCAACAUGGGCAUCAGCAUAGCUUCUUUUUUGUACAAAGAUAUAAUCACGGGCCAUGUGAACUACGUACAGUCAAGACAUGAAAGGAUGGAGCCUACAGCUGACCAGUUCAUGCUAAGUGUAUCUGAUGGCAAACAUACCUCCGCUCACGUGCCUUUUUACAUAAUUAUUAACCCCACAAAUGAUGAAGCCCCUGAGUUCAUGGCCUUUAAUAUCACUGUAACCGAAGGGGAAAUGAAGCCGUUGGACUUGUCUGUGUUAAAUGCAGUGGAUAUGGAUGUACCAAAGAAUUCUCUGCAGUUUAGUGUUGUCUCUCCUCCUUUGCAUGGAAACAUUAUGCAGCAUUUCAGUGACAGAGCAGCCCAUGGGAGAGGGGACACCUACCACUCUUACCCCCAAACUCAAGUGUUUGACUUUACCAUGGCUGAGCUAACAAAUGGCUUAGAGCUGAUGUACAUGCAUGAUGACUCCGAAAACAUGGAGGACAGUUUCACCAUACAGUUGACAGAUGGGAAGCACAAGCUACAGAGACAAGUGAUGGUUAAAGUGCUGCCAGUCAAUGAUCAAAUGCCUCAAGUCAUAAGGAACAACGGUCUUGAAGUGGAGGCAGGGGAGACCAGGCUAAUAUCCAGCAUUGUACUGUUUGCUCAGGACAGUGAUACCCCCUCUUCAGAAGUCAUGUACAUUUUUGAAAGUACUCCGGAUCAAGGAUUACUUCAAUUUAAGGAAGGACAUGACUGGGUGACAAUGACAGUUGGAAGAAACUGCACCCAGGAAAUGAUCAAUAUGAACCUAUUACGCUACGUGCACACAGGCAUGCAUAAGGAGGAGUUACAUGACCACUUUGUCUUCUACUUGUUGGACGGAAAGAAUCGAUCACCAUUGCAGCAUUUUCACAUCUCCAUCAGGGAUCUCGAAAAGGGAAACAUAGCUAUCUUUGUGAAGCCAGUGAACGUGACCCGCGGGGACCGGGUGGUCCUCACUACAGAUGCACUCUUGGCCACAGACGGGACAGACAUGCCCGAGGAACUUCUCUAUGUGAUCAUGGCCCAUCCGACCCAUGGGCACAUAGAGUACAUCAGGCACCCCGGGCUGUCCAUCUCCACCUUCAGUCAAAUGGAUAUAGCUGCUAAUAUUGUAGCUUAUGUCCAUGAUAAUCGGGCAAGUGCGGCAAAAGAGACGUUUGAGUUUGUUGUAAGCAAUGGUAAAACCAGCAGAAAUGGAAGCUUUGAGAUCUCCGUGGAGAUGGUAGACCGCAUUCUGCCCUCUCUGUUCAAUAACAAAGGCCUGAUAGUCCCCCGCGGGUCCUCCAUGAUCCUCGGUCCGGACAGUCUCUCCAUGUCUGACCCAGACACCCCACCCAGCGAUGUGACUUUUUCUCUCCUGCAACCUCCCCAAUAUGGCCGCCUACUGUUGGAUAGUGUAACCCUCAGUACAGGAUCAAACUUCACACAGAGGAACAUCCAGGACUUGGAGCUGAUGUACAAACAUGAUGGAGGUCCUGCUCUGAUCGAUCGAUUUGCAUUCACUGCCUCUGACAGCACCCACCGAGGUUUCCUAUUAGAUGGAAAAUUACAAACUCAACCGGAAUUCUUCACUAUUCAGAUACAAUCGUUGGACCAGUCAUCUCCUGAGGUAGUGAAGCUGCUUCCCCUAUGGAAGGUGGAGGUGUUAGUAGAUGGUCGCUAUGGGAUCUUUCUGUCCUCUCGAGAGCUGAAGGCCCAGGAUGACCACAGCAGAGAGGAGGAGCUGUUGUUCUCCAUUGUCCGACAGCCGUACUUUGGAUACCUGGAAAACAUUACGACAGGGGGCUUUUUACCUCCACGUUUUGCCCAGACGGAGCUGAACAAGAGGAACAUUGUGUACAUUAUAAACCCAGACAUGGAGUCUCUAUCAGACAGCCUGGACUUCAGCGUGUCUGAUCCUCUGGGGAACACUGGGCCCUCUCACACACUUCAAUUGAGCUGGGCCCGGCUAGAGCUCUCUGAGGAGCGUUUUUCUGUCUGUGAGCAGCAGGGGGCAGUCUCUCUGGACAUCAUACGAAAGGGGAACCUAGCAGAGUCUUCAUAUGUCACAAUCAAAGUGAAGGAUGUGACAACCACCACUGGGAAAGAUUUCAUUAUAAGCCCUUCAUCCCUAAUUCAGUUUGAUCCAGGAGUUUCAAAGAGGACUUGGCAGAUAAAGGUAGUCCAGGAUCAUCUUGAAGAGGCUGAGGAGGUGUUUGAGGUGCAUCUCGUGGCCCCAGAGAGCUGCGUCAUCGGCAGAGUCAACAAAGCCCAGGUCACCAUCAGAGAUUCAGGAAGAGGAUGUACUGGAAAACAGCCCCAUGAAACCCCUGCUUUAGGAGGUAGAGAGGUGGGGCCCAAGCCGUACCCUGAACAUGGGACCAUCACGGUGGAGAAGCUGCCUCUCGAUCCCGAGUCUGUGGUCUGGACUCGCGGUGACAGCCUCAGGAAACCUCAGUCUAUUCAACACAAGAAGAAAAUUAGAGUGACGGGGAAUCCCAAAUCUAUUGCACCAUCUUCAGUUUUUCACAAUGGGACAGAUACAAUCUACACUUAUCAUGGCAUAAUGACAAUGCAAGUGGAAGAUGAUUCAACCCCAUCCAGAAAAGGCAGGAAAGCGAGUAUCCAGGUGAUCAACCAAGGAGCACACCUACAGGCUCUGACCAAGAAAUCUAAGAACAGUGUUAGGAAGAGCAGCAGUGUAGUCAAACCAGUCAAUAAUCAAAAUGAAACUGAAAUCUCCGUUCCUAAAGUGUGUGUGCCUGAACUGAUGGGACUCCUGCAUUUUAACCAGAGCACAGGCAAGCUGUAUCACUGCAAUGGGGUGUCAUGGAAACUCUGGGCUCCUUCUGAAGCGACGGUGAGUGCUCAAAAGUGCGCUCGAGGUUGGACAUUUCAUGGUGGAUACUGUUACCUGAACUUGGAGCAAAGAGCUACAUGGUUCACAGCCAACAGGGCCUGCAAGGAGAGACAUAAAGGAACGCUAGCAAGUGUGCUCUCCAAAGUAGACAUGUACUGGUUGUGGGAUUUCAGUGGACGCAAGCCAUUUUGGAUCGGUCUGAAUGACAGGGAGGGGAGGGGCCGUUGGGAGUGGAGCGGUGGGGAGCCUGUGACCUACACCAACUGGAGGAAGACGCCUCCGAGAUCCAAGAUGAAGAGUGACAAAAAGUGUGUUCUUGUGUGGAAACGAGCAAAGUGGCAGAUCAGGGACUGCAAGACAAGCAGAAACCACCGCUAUAUAUGCUCUAUAAAGACAUCAACAUAAUAUCUACAAUAAUGGCAGAGCAAAAGUUACAGAAGAGAAGGACCCUAAGGAUUGUGGGGGAGUUUGAAUGAGUUUGAUAUGCAUGUUGGACUUGGCGAUUUUGCAAGAAUGAAUGAAUUACUACUCCUGUAAAUAUAAUAAUAUAAUUUUUUUUCAAUGUUUGUGUAAUAAUGGUCAUAUAAUGAUGUCUUUAAGUAAUAUUUGCUCCGUUUUAUCUAUUUUUUUGUUCUUUGUGGGUA